CCCGACUCAACAGCCAACAACCCCGGCAGCAAAGACUGAUGAGGUCUCUUCACUGAGUACUACGAUCGCCAGAAACCAAGACAGAACAUCAGGGACUAGUGGGACUUUUAGCUCGGCGGAACUACACUUAUCAACAACCCAAAUCCCGACUCAACAGCCAACAACACCGGCAGCAAAGACUGAUGAGGUCUCUUCACUGAGUACUACGAUUGCCAGAAACCAAGACAGAACAUCAGGGACUAGUGGGACUUUUAGAUCGGCGGAACUACACUUAUCAACAACCCAAAUCCCGACUCAACAGUCAACAACCCCGGCAGCAAAGACUGAAGAGGUCUCUUCACUCAGUACUACGACCGCCAGAAAUCAAGACAGCACGUCGGGGACUACGGACACUUUUAGCUCUGCAGAACUAAACGUAUCAACAACUCAAAUUGAGAUCACGAGUCAACAGACAACAUCCCCAGAAUCCCAGACUGUUGAAGUUUCUACAAUGAGUACUACAAUCGCCAUGACAUUUCAAGACACGACUGAGACCAAGCCCAUCUCGCAGCCAGUCAUGAAAUCCACGCAAGAUGGGGCGAUAGAAACCACACAAAACCACACGACCGCGGGAAAUGGUAUAAGCUUUGUUACCGAAGAAAUGACUGAGACCACCCCGUUUUUACAGCCAGUCAUGAAAUCCACGCAAGAUGGGGCAAUAGAAACCACACAAAACCACACGACCGCGGAGAUUCAUUAUAGUGAUAUCAACUUUGUUACCGACGCCCCACAAGAUUGCAUGAACGAAUGCGCGGGAAAAGUCUCUCCGAAAAAGAAGAGCCCAUCUGAAAACGGCAGUCGAACCGCACACCGUGCUAGCGCUGCAGUGUUCAGCCUUCUGUCCCUCUGUGCCCUGCUCGUCGUCGGGGCGACGGUGUACAUGUUCGUAGUCUACACUAAGAAAAGAGAUCCCGCAGCUGAAGGUGGGAGGCUCUGGAGAAAAUCACCGAGGCUGUCGAUUUUGAGCAAUUCGCAUCAGGAUCUGGCUUUGGGAGACUCGGUUCGGCUGAAAACCAUCGAGGUGAUGGUUAACAUACCUACUCCAGAGUGGAUGUUCCGAGUUCACGACGUGAGGAUCGAAGACGCAGCCCAAGACGAAAACGCCACCACCGGUGACAUCCCUUCACCAGUCGUGACGACAGACGAUGGGAGACAAGAUGGCGACGAGAUGGACGCGUUAUACGCUAAGCCAGAUCGGAUGACGAAGAACAACAAGAAUCACCCUAGCCCGCCCUCUGCCGUCGCCGAGCACUCCCUCUCCGUUGAGACCUACGAUCCGGACUUUGUCGUUUGUCCGAUGUUUCCAAGUGCGGUGUGAGCUGAAUGGACUCUAAACUGGUCCCCUGUCUUACUGCAUUGAAAGACAGGUAUUGGUUUUACAAACCAAUGAUGUCAUUGGACACAAUGAUGUCAUUGGAUACACGUGCAGUGACGUUAUAUAUUUCCUUAUCUGUGUUUUGAUUGGUCCGAAGUAAACAUGCAGCUGACAAUCUUCGCUAGGCCCCAACGGCCAGUCUAUCCAGGACCGCUGGGAUGGGCUAAUCGCUUGCACAGAUUCUUGUUCAGGAAGUACGUCACGUAUGCAGUGCAUAGCAAUAUGGCGCAGUGUUGAGUGUGAUGCAUGA